GUAAACGAAGGCCCGAGUUGAUGGAUGCUCAAGCCCGUGUGUUUGAUGCUCCAGAAAAGCUAUCGUUUUGGCCGCCUUGUCGUUGGCAGCCUGCACCGUGUCCAAUCCAAUCUCGCUGCAAGCCACCCUUGCGAAGCGGCUGUCCUCUUCCAGCAACUUCUCCGACGCUUUGCCUCGCUCCAGCCCCUCCGCAAUGCCCUACCUCCGCUGCCCGCUCGGCCUUGUCCACCGCGCUUCCCAUGUCCGGCCCCUCGGCCUUGGCCACCUCUGGUUGGCGGUUAUUUAGGUUGUGUUUUUAAAAGGAAGAACAGCCCUGGCUCGAUUCCUGGGCGCAUAAAACGCGAAAACGCAAGGUGUUGGCGCGCUAUGGCAGCCGUGGUAGCCACGCCCAGCUACUGCUCUAGGGUUAGGGUUGAGAGGCCAUGGCGGAGAGUGCGAGCUAGGCCGGCAAGAGUACAGCGGGUCAUCGUAUGUGCAGCCAGGAGAAUGGAGCAAGAUCAUCACAAGCAUCGGACCAUCGAAAUGCAACACGUCAACGGUGAGGAGGAAGGCAACCACGCUUCCAUUCCCGAGCAGCCGCCAGCCAUGAGCUCCUUAGGAAGCGAAAUCAGGCGCUGGAGCGCUCUUGUCAAGACCAAGGCGUCGCAGCACAUUCUAGGAGUGGAAUUCUCUCCAGACAUAGUUGCCAUAACCAUGGUCUACUUUGUCCAAGGCAUUCUCGGACUUUCCAGGCUUGCUGUCAGUUUCUUCCUCAAGGAUGAUCUUCAUCUCGAUCCAGCAGAGACAGCUAUUCUAUCUGGAUUCUCUGCUUUCCCGUGGCUCGUCAAGCCUCUCUAUGGCUUUAUAAGCGACGGGCUCCCUCUGUUUGGUUACAGGCGGCGAUCAUAUCUUGUACUUUGCGGACUUCUUGGAGCGGUUUCGUGGGGAUCGUUGUCCGCGCUUGUAACCGAUAAGUAUGGUGCCGUGGCCAUGAUUUUCCUUAGUUCUCUAUCCGUGGCUUUCUCAGAUGUUGUGGUCGACUCAAUGGUUGUUGAGAGGGCACGGGGUGAAUCGCAAGAUACGUCUGGAUCGCUUCAGUCGCUCUGCUGGGGAUCUUCGGCAGCUGGGGGCAUUAUCAGUGCAUACUUCAGUGGCUAUUUUGUUCAGACUUAUGGUGUGAGGUUUGUUUUCGGCGUCACAUCUCUUCUUCCACUUAUCACGUCAGCCGUUGCCGGGCUUGUACAGGAAGAGCCGGCUUGGAAUAUCCAAACGUCCGGUACCGCUGACGAUCUCAGAGUGGACUUUCGAUCAGAUGGUGUCUUCCAAUCCGCGAAGAAGCAAAGCUUACGUUUGUGGAGGACUGUUCGGGAGCCAACAAUCUUUCUCCCCACGCUGUUUAUAUUUCUGUGGCAGGCCACCCCAUCUUCCGACACCGCCAUGUUCUACUUCACAACAAACAAGCUGGGUUUUGGACCGGAGUUCCUUGGGCGGGUGCGGCUCAUAACUGCGAUGGCUUCUCUUGCUGGAGUGGGCGUAUACAACAGCUUGCUGAAGCAUGUGCCUCUCAGGAGAAUGUUCUUUUGGACCACGCUACUGGGGGUUGGAUUGGGUUGCACGCAGUUGAUGCUUGUCAACGGUUGGAAUCGCAGUUUGGGCAUUAGCGAUGAAUGGUUUUCCAUGGGGGACUCGUUAGUGCUCACCGUCCUUGGCCAGGUUUCUUUCAUGCCAGUCUUGGUUCUGGCAGCCAAGUUAUGCCCGCCAGGUGUAGAAGCCACGCUGUUUGCAACGCUCAUGUCUAUCAGCAAUGGCGCGGGGGUGCUUGGGGGGCUCAUGGGUGCGGGCUUGACACAGUUAUUGGGCGUGUCAAGCCACAAUUUUGACAAUCUGGCCGUGUUAGUACUGGUGACCAACCUGUCGUCGCUACUUCCGCUGCCAUUCCUGGGGCUGCUUCCGCCCGAGAGCCAGCUGCAAGACGCAGUGGACAGGGCCGAGAAGGCUUUGAAUGACAUGGAGGAGGCCAAGCGCGAGUAGGCAGGCGAAGGGCCUGGCGGUGUUGAUGACGGAUGCGAUGGAUGGCUGGGACUUUAUAAAGGGAGGUAAAAAACAAAGGCCAGCCGUUUUGGCGAGUUGAGUGAGUGAGAGGCAUUGCGCAAAGCAAGCCAGACGACUUGUUGACAUGGGCGGCCUGGUCAACAGUGGGGGUCAAUGCACUAUAAAACCUGGGUGUCAGGAA